GCGGAAAUGGCUAAGGCGAGCGUUGAGGAACACGCCAAAGUAGUACCAUGUGCACCGAAGUCUGAAAAGGGUAAAAGGCAACUCCGCAUAUCAUUGAAGUCAAUUGUUGAGCUAGUUAACUGGUUCAACGAAGCACAAAAGCAGGCAGUCAUUGACAUUGGGUUUGCUGGCCUCCUGGGGAUGAAGUGUACACGUAUAGAUCACGACUUGUGCGCAUGGUUGGUACAGAACUUCGAUCCUGACAGUAGUUCAUUGAAUGUUCAUGGUUGUCAAGUCAGGCUCACGUGUAAGGCAGUUAAUGUUUUAUUGGGAAUACGGUGUGAUGGCGAUGACGUGCAGUUGGCUGGGUCAUUGGAAGCAUAUCCCAAUAUCUACGAUGAGGUUGGAGUUGUUAACGGAGUCAUUCCUUUGAACAAGUUGAGACUUUAUCUGACCGAGACUGCUGGUGCGGAGGACGAGUUUCGGCGGAAAUUUGCGCUGUACGUGUUGGGGGCCAUGUUGUGUCCUACCACAAUGAACAGGUUGAAGCCAUCAUUCAUUCAUGCUGUGAAGGACGUGAAUCGUAUGCGAGCUUGUAAUUGGUUGUUGUACCUUGAUUGUGUUUGUCUGAGCUCGACUACGACGCGGUCCACACCUCGGCUUCAUGAUUGGGGUGAUACCCAAAUACGGGAGACGCUGCGACGUAUCAGAAGGAAGCAAAAUUUCCUAACAAUUGCGGUGGAGUUUGAUUACAGUAACGCCAAUGAUGUUGACAUGGAUGCAUGCCAUGUCGAGAACCAACAAACAGGACAGUACAAUGAAGUCCGUAUGAGCAAUUUGGAGUCCGACAUUCGCGAACUGAAGGAAAUGAUGAAGCAAGUUCUCCACAACCAAACAGAUUUAAUAGAGAUGUUGCGACAUUUCAAAGGCAAGCAAGUUGUUGGCAAUGACAAGGUGAAAGGCAAUGAUGUGUGCAUCAUUAACCUCUUCUCCAAUGUUGCUCAACUGAAGGAAAUGCUGAAGCAACUGCUUCAACGUUUCAGUUUGGGCUGCAACGAACCGUUCACUGAACAAACCAAUUUACGUGAACUGAAGCAAAUGCUACACCACCUCAUCGAAGGUAUAUUCUCUACACCGCAACCGGCAGGCGUGGCCAAACAGGGUGUGGACCCUGCUGUUGGAGUCGAGGCGCAUGAGGAUGGCGUGGUCAAACCAUCGGACGAAGUUAACCCAAUGGAGUGUAAUAUUUCAGAUGUACAAGGGGUGGAUCACCAACAACAUAUUUUGAAGGGAACCUUGGCAAGGGACAAAAGUCAUUUGCAUGAUGGGCACAAGCUGAACAUCAAAGAAGGUGGGGACAACAACAAGAAGGAAGGCCUUCAGUCAGGGGAAACAUAUGAAACUGAAGAUAAAUACAGUCCUGACCUUCAGUCAGUGGGCGUGAAGAACGUGGCGUGCGAUGUGCAUACUUCUCCUACUAAGCUUGGCAAACCAUUGGGAGCAACUGGAAUCGUUAGAAGAAGUGCAAAGGGAAGACGAAAAGGAAAAGGAAAAGGAAAAAUGCGCGGAAGUGGAGUUCAAGCCACUGAGGUCGGGGAUAUGCAAUUGUGCAUCGAUAGCAAAACAAAUAGUGGAGUUGACGACAGCAGUUCACCUGUGGAUGUUGAUGGUGUGGACAACGUGAACAAGGACUCGUUGACGAUGUUGGACAGCGAAGGGUUGUUAUCGGCGGAGGAACAAAAACUUCUUCACUAUGUAUUUGACGAUAGCAAAAAUGAAAUGGACAUUGUUGUUUCCAUGAAUCUUCAUGGACGGGCAUGUGAAGUUGGCACCCGGCGUGACAUGCGCACGCUCAAACCAGGGUCAUGGCUAUCCGACACUGUAAGUGUUGGCUGCACAAAUAUGAAUCUGCGUUUUUCAGUACCCCUAACUCAGAAACCUUUCUAA